AGUACUUUUUUCCUCUCUCUCCCUUCUUUUUCCCACAAGGAUAUUUCUUGGAAAUGGAUAAAACCCCAAUUUUCCACCUUCCAAAUCCCCAACGUACCUUAAAUUAUUGAGAAGACCCAACUCACUCUCUCUCCUCUUCCCCCAAACAAGAUGAGUUUUCAACUGGCAAUUCUAUCAGUACUCUCUCUCUCCACCCUCUCUCUCUCCUCACUUUCAUCACCCGCAUGCCCCAUGGACCUAGACUAUGUCCUUACAAUCCAGUGGGACUCCUCUGCUUGCAACCAAACAGCACUUUCAGAUUCCCCCAGCACCUGUUGCCAAACACUCCUCAGCCUCUAUGGUGUAGCCCUAUCCCAAUACCUCAAGGACACCUCCCUCUUCAGGCUCCCUGACCUACCCACCUCCACCUCUUGCCUCUCUCUCCUCCAAUCCAAGCUCACCCUUCUCUCUCUACCCCCCCACCUCACCUCCAUAUGUUUCCACCCCCAAACUUACACCAACUCCACCGACGCGUGUGCCAACAUCCAGACCCGAGAGGACUUUGCCGCCCUGAUAGGAUCGCCCAGUCCCCUCGUCCCCGCCUGCCGGCACGACCUAUCCGAUCUCACCUCGUGCGACGCGUGCGUGCAAGCCGGGUUCAAAGCCCACGCCCGGUUGGUUUCCGUCGAUGGGAAUUUCUCCCGCACCAAGGGUUGCUACUACUACACUGUUUUGUAUGCUGCAGGUGUUGUGAAUGAGUUCGGCCCCAAGAGUACGGGUGCUCUUUCGUGCAUCUUUGGGCUUCCAAUGCGAUCUCCAAAGGUUUCAGAGACAGAAAGUGGUAUGAGCCAACAAGCCCUGGUUUAUGGGUCAGCUCAAGCUGGUGGAGCUGUUCUAGGCCUUUGUUGCUUGUUGGGCUUGUGCUUCUGGUGGAGGAAUAUAAAUCGCAACUCUUCGAAAGAACUUUCAAGUUUCGGGUUUGGGUUAGGUUCAGAUGAAGGCCGGAAGUGGCGGCCCACGGCAGGAGCGGUUUGGUUCAAAAUUCAAGAUUUAGAGAAGGCGACCGGCGAUUUUUCUCUGGAGAAUUUGAUUGGAAGAGGGCAAUUUGGGGUUGUGUAUAAAGGGAUUUUGCCUGAUGGAACAACGGUGGCUGUGAAGAGGGUUAUAGAAUCUGAAAUUCAAGGAGAUUCUGAAUUCUUAAAUGAAGUUGAGAUCAUUAGUACUUUGAAGCACCGGAAUCUGGUGCCACUUAGAGGGUGUUGCGUGACCGGGAGAGACGAGAAUUGUGGAGAUGGAGGAGGUCGGAAAUACCUUGUCUACGAUUACAUGCCCAAUGGAAGCCUCAAUGACCGUUUGUUUUUUCGCCAAAGAUCCUCUAUCCCUGGAACACAUGAAUCUCAAGACACGAUGAGACAAGGUGACAUGAAUUUCGGAGAAAGUGGAGCUUGUGCCUCUUUUUUAUCACCAAAAGAUCCAUUGACUUGGCCUCAAAGAAAGAACAUAAUUCUGGAUGUGGCAAAGGCUCUGGCUUACUUGCAUUAUGGAGUGAACCCUGCAAUUUACCAUAGAGACAUCAAGCCCACAAAUAUACUGUUGGAUGCAAAUAUGAGGGCUAGAGUAGCUGAUUUUGGACUAGUCAAGCAAAACACAGAAGGAAAUUCCCGUCUUACAACCAGAGUGGCUGGGACACAUGGAUACUUAGCCCCAGAAUACGCAUUAUACGGGCAACUGACAGAGAAGAGUGAUGUUUAUAGCUUCGGAGUGGUAGUUUUGGAAACGAUGAGUGGGAGGAAGGCACUUGACUUGUCGUCCUCAGGGUCACCGCGGUCCUUUCUUAUCACCGAUUGGGCUUGGGAGUUGGUGAAAGCGGGAAGAGUGGAAGAGGUUUUUGAUGAUUCGUUGGUUAGUGAUGGGGAAUUCUUGUAUAGGAGAAAUCCGAGGGAGAUAAUGGAAAGGUUUGUGCUUGUGGGUAUUUUGUGUGCUCAUGUGAUGGUGGCUUUGAGGCCUACUAUUUUGGAGGCCUUGAAAAUGUUGGAAGGAGAUAUUGAGAUUCCUAUGAUACCAGAUAGACCAAUUUAUGGGGACGGGUUGUCUAAUGCAUAAAGGAAUUGAAUCGAACCCAAUUAGAUAUUGAUUACAGACUCAGUGCAGAAGAAAGCAAGUGUUGUAGAUACUUUUUUUUGGUUUCUGCAGCUUUGGUGAAGUUGCUUCUAAGCUCUAAGCAAUGGUUUUUGAAUGAAAGGACUAAUAUUAAUGCUACAAUUUUGU